CGAGUCGUAUGCGAACGACACUGUGAAGAGUCACUUUAAAAGACUGAUCGGUGUGUUAGCGGCUUUGUAGAAACUUCUGGAAAUUAUCCAACAUGAGGAAUCUGCUUUUGUGUUUGGUUCUGGUUUUAGUUUAUAAAAGAUGCCUCAGCGAGGAUUGGUGCUACCAGUCCCAGAUGUCCUGUGAUCAUCCAUGUAAAGGGCCAGCAGCUUGGAAUGAGGUGAACAGUGUGUGUGGUGGUAACAGACAAUCUCCCAUCAACAUAGUGACCAAGAAAACUAAGAAGGAGUCCAGUCUCACCGCAUUCAAAUUCACUGGCUAUGACAAGAUCUUUACCAGCAUGCUGAAGAAUAACGGGCGAACUGUUUCACUGGACAUACCUCUUGGGGCCACAGUUAGUGAGGGAAAUCUCUUACACACCUAUAAUGCUAUACAACUGCAUUUCCACUGGGGCAACAAUGGCAGCCCUGGGUCUGAACACACCCUUGAUGGAGAACAGUAUCCCAUGGAGCUGCACAUCCUGCAUUUAAAGGACACAUACAUCGCUGUAGAAGAUGCACUGAAUGACACAACUGGACAAGCAAUUUUGGGAUUCUUCUUUGAGGAAUCUGACAGUGAAAACAAGGAGUAUAGUGCCUUCAUUGCAGCUCUGGCGCAGGUCCAAGAUGCAGAGGGUCAGACAGAACUAGCCAUCUCCCUGAACAGUCUGAUCCUAUCUGAGAGGAUGCUAGGGGCCUACUAUCGUUAUGAAGGAUCUGAGACCACACCAGGCUGCUCUGAGACUGUGAUCUGGACCAUGUUUGAGCAGCCUAUUCCACUUAGCAGAGAUCAGCUUGCAGCCUUCUCCACCCUGAAGUUUAAUGGUGGUAAGCCCAUGGUGGACACAUUCAGACCAGUGCAGCCUCGUAAAGGGCGGGUAGUGUAUCGCUCCCACUCUGGUGCAGCUAUACCUGCUAUAAUGUUCAGCUUCUUUCUCGUCGUGCUGCGUGUGUUUCUAGCGCUGUGCCUCUGCAAUUUCUACUAGAGCCGGACAUUAAACACAGAAUUCUCAUUCAGUUAAAAGCAAACAAAACUAAUCCUAAAUAUCAAAAUAUCAGAAAACAAAAGAGAUUGAACAUAUAGAUGAUUCUUUCUGACUUUUAUGAGUUUUUUAAAAAACGUUUUAUUUGUUCUUAUGAAAUCAGUUGAUUUAGGCGUUCUGACUUCGUGUAUAUUCCUGUUCCUGUAGCAAAGGUUUUUCGUAUAUAAAUAUUCAUAUUUUGUUCAUCUGUUGAUUUUGCUGAGGAUGCUUGGGUUGGAAGCUUCCUGGAAAUUAAAUACAUAUAAUUAUUUUCAAAUAAUAAGAGAUUAAUAAACAACGGAACGUACUUUUAUAAGUACCUCAAUAACAUUUAUAUUUUAUUCCUUCAUAGAAAUGUGCAGUUCUUCAUUGGGUGAUUUACUGUAGAAAAAAAUAAACUUGAAAGAACAUGUAAAGCCA